AUGUGGACAGUCCUUGUGCUCAUCUUUCUGUCCUCAUCCUUUUCCAAAAGCCAAGUGGUAUCAGAGUCUCCAGAGCGCUUGGUCCCCAACAAGACGUGGAGCCAACCGCCCAGGACCAGGGCAUCCAGGGAAGCAAACUCAAGGGGUGAAAAUAAAACGAUCGAGACAGGAACCAGGCUGGAAUCUCUCACCACCUUACCCAGCGGGAUACCGGCAGCUGGCACCAGGCCAACAGAAGCCACAACAGAGACAACCUACAGGACAGAGGCGGGUGUAACAUCAGCCACCACCAGCCGGGCAACAUCCAGAGCCUCCCCAGGGCCUGCCUCGUCCGUCCCCACAGCUGCCUCUCAAGUUGUGUCCACUGUACCCCCCAGGAGCCUGCCUCCCAGCACCCCCCGUGCACAUGUGCCCGGGACCAGCACACUGCUGGGAGCAAAGACAGUGCAGGGAACAGAGACUGUGCCAGGAUGGGGCACUGGGCUGGGGACUGUGCCGGGGACAGGGAUCAUGUCAGGAACAGAGGCCAAAACAACAGCAGCCCUGAGGACAGAGACCAUGGCCACCACGCCCCAGACAAGAAGUCCCACCAGCUCCUCUAGGCCCACAACCAGUAACCUCACAGCAGAUCUCACACCCACUGUGAGUCCCCAGACCCCGAACACAACUGCACAAGGGCCCAGCCCCCAGACGUCCACAAGCCAGCCUGUGAUCAGCACAGCGGUCCGGCCCACGGCCACCCCCUCAGAUGCAGCCCCCACCACCACCACCGUCGCCUCUGUGACCUCAGUGUCCACGGUGCCAGCAGCCACCCCCAGGGCAGAAACGGAGACGCACACUGCCAUCAGCACCCCCACAGCAGAGGCCACGUCCCCUACUACACAGCCACCCCCGACCCCAUCUAUACAGGGGGCCGCAGGGCCAGCCCUGACCCCGACCCCAUCUAUACAGGGGGCCGCAGGGCCAGCCCUGACCCCGACCCCAGGGUGGGGUGAGGCAGAGGCCUCACCACGCACUGUCGCGGCCGGGCCCACCCUCGGGAGCCCCGAAGCUACCAAGGUGCCAACCACAGCCUCGUGUCAGCGUGGCACCCAUGGCCUGGCGCUGCCCGCCGAGCCCCAGGCCCCGUCCCGGAGCUUCCUGCUGGCAGUGCUGCUCCUGGGGGUCACCCUGUUCUUCACCGUCCUGGUGGUGUUUGCCCUGCAAGCCUACGAGAGCUACAAGAAGAAGGACUACACGCAGGUGGAUUACCUGAUCAACGGGAUGUACGCGGACUCCGAGAUGUGA